ACAAAACCUUCGGGAAGAAAAUAAAACAGUUUGCCUCCCUUGAAAAAGAAACGUUUAUUUGGGAGAAAACUCAUUUUUAGACUUCAUACAGGAUUGUUUCGUUGAACACGCUUACAUUUUAUGUAUCAUAAUGAGUCGAAAAGUGACCCUGGUAUCAGACCACAGCCCCUAUGAGCAGGGUGAGCUUGCCUCCAGCAGCCCUGAGCAGAGUGGCCGAAGUCCAGAGGAGACUGAGGACAGUGUGGGAGAAGAUGAGCAGCAUUCUGAUCAACACAUGGAAUCAGAGGAAGACCAUGAUGAUGAUGAUGGUUUACUCAUCAAGCCACCUCCAGUCCCUGUGAAGAAGAAACACAAGCAUAAACACAAGGAUGAGAAAAAGAAAGAUAAACACAAGGAACGGGUCCGGGAGGGAAAGGAGAAAGACAGAACAAGGGGGCGUGUGGAGAGGCAGGAGAGGGAGGUACGCCCAGCAGAAAGAGAGGAGAGGGGCAGAGUCAUGUAUGACUUUGUCACAGUUGAGCCAGAAAGACACGCCCAACCUGAGCGAGCGAAGAUCAUGAGUGGACGGGAGAGGGAGAGAGAAUUGAAGGAGAAAUUAUUACGAGAACAAGAAAAACGGGAAAGGUCUCGACAGGAAAGAGAACGUCUGGAAAGACUUGAGAGGGACAAGUUUCGACAAGAGCGUGAGAAAUUACGUGAACGAAAGAUACGAGAAGAGCGCGACAAACGUGAUUACGAGCGUAGAAAAAGGAAAGAUGAGGAACGACGACUUCAGAUGCAGCGCAAAGAGAGAGAGGAAGAAUUUCUUAUUCCAGUUCGCAAUCGAAAGGUUCGUGCAAUGGAGAAAGAACAGAAUAGGGACGGUCAGAGACGGGAUCGGAGCCAUGGCCGGGAACAGGAGUCUUUCUCAGACGGCAGGGAUGUUAAGGCGCGACUGGGAAGCAGGCAGUCUGAACAGGACCUAGCCCAGCGUGAACGAAAGCCGACCCCUGACAGACGUGAGCGAGAGAGGGAUAGAGAACACUCCCACUCGCACAGUAGUCCAGACCACGGGUCCAGCGAUCGCCGAGGGCGACGGGAGGGCAGUGACCUUGAGUCACGCAAGGUCAAGGCUGCUGCCAAGGAGACGAUGGAGGAAGAGAUGGUUGAACACUCUCCAUCAGAGGAGGAAGAAGAAGUGGAGGAGACCGAUGACUCUGAGAGUGACUCUGGUUCAGAGGCGAGUGAGAGUUCAAGUGAAGGAAGCAGUGAGGGGGAGAAAUCACAUGAGGAUCAUGAAGAUGAAGAGAAAAAACACCUGGCAAAGUCCAAGUUUGAUGACCAAUCAGAAAACGAAAGCGAGACAGAAUCUGUACACCUGAACGAUCACCAUGAUGACGGAGACUUCCUAACAGAAACUCCCCCUAUGUCGCCUGUUGAAUUGAAGCCUGAGCUCCCGCCAUACUAUCCCGCUAUACAGGGCUGCCGGAGUGUUGAAGAGUUCAGCUGUCUUAACAGGAUCGAGGAAGGAACGUAUGGCGUGGUCUACAGAGCAAGGGACAAGAAAACAGAAGAAAUAGUGGCAUUGAAACGUCUUAAAAUGGAAAAAGAGAAAGAAGGAUUCCCAAUAACAUCUCUGCGGGAGAUCAACACAUUACUGAAGGCACAGCACACGAACAUCGUAACAGUGCGGGAAAUUGUCGUGGGAAGCAAUAUGGACAAGAUCUACAUCGUUAUGGACUAUGUUGAACAUGAUCUCAAAGCUCUUAUGACAGAGAGCAUGAAACAGCCUUUCCUUGUUGGUGAGGCUAAGACUCUGUUGCUACAGUUGCUAAGGGGAGUACAACAUCUCCAUGACAACUGGAUCAUACAUCGAGACCUGAAGACUUCUAACCUUCUGCUUAGUCAUAAAGGCAUCCUCAAGAUUGGCGACUUUGGUCUUGCCCGGGAAUACGGCGAGCCCUUGAAGCAGUACACACCCAUUGUAGUCACCCUGUGGUAUCGUGCCCCGGAAUUGCUUCUCGGGUGUAAGGAAUAUUCCACGCCAAUUGACAUGUGGUCGGUGGGCUGUAUCUUUGCAGAGUUCCUGGUCAUGCAGGCUAUCUGGCAGGGAAAGUCAGAGAUUGACCAGCUACAGAAGAUAUUUAAGGACUUAGGUACACCGACUGAAAAAAACUGGCCGGGCUGUAUGGAAUUACCGGGAAUGAAAAAGUGCUCGUUUGCAAAGACUCGUAAUAAUACACUGAGAAACAAAUUUGGUCAAAGCUUCACCGAUCAGGGAUUUCUCUUCCUAAACAGGUUCCUUACCUAUAAUCCAGCAAAGCGAAUCACCGCUGCAGAAGGGAUAAAACACGAAUAUUUCCGGGAAUCUCCAUUACCAAUCGAUCCUUCCAUGUUUCCGACAUGGCCCGCUAAAUCGGAACAGGUCCACAAGCGGGCAAGCUCACCUAAACCACCCUCUGGGGGAAAGGCCUAUUCAAAAUUAUUGGAGGACAUAGAUGCAGUAUCAGGGGGAUUCCAGUUCACGGCAGCAGCCAAGGGUGCAUCAGCAAUAGGGCCUGGAUUUAGUCUCAAGUUCUGAACAAUGUGGGGAGUUUGGUUGAAAAAUAUGGGGCACUUUAAUCAUCAUUGUGAGGCUUGAGGAUGAACAAUAUGGGGCACCUUAUUCAUCAUUGUGAGGCUUGAGGAUGAACAAUAUGGGGCACCUUAUUCAUCAUUGUGAGGCUUGAGGAUGAACAAUAUGGGGCACCUUAUUCAUCAUUGUGAGGCUUGAGGAUGAACAAUAUGGGGCACCUUAUUCAUCAUUGUGAGGCUUGAGGAUGAACAAUAUGGGGCACCUUAUUCAUCAUUGUGAGGCUUGAGGAUAAACACUAUGGGGCAUGAUAAAGAAUAUCGAGCACCUUAUUCAUUAUUGUGAGGCUUGAGGAUGAACAAUAUGGGGCACCUUAUUAUGUAAUGCUCCAGGAUGAACAAUAUGGCGCACGUUAUUAUGUAUUGCUCUAGGAUGAAUAAUAUGGGGCACUUGAUUAUACAAAGUGAGGCUCCAGGACAAACACUAUGGGACACUUUAUUGAAUUUUGUGAGAGUCCAGGAUGAAUGGUGCUGGAUACUGGGCAGAUACUGACUGUUUUAUACAUGUUUUGAAUCAAAUGUGAACAGGUUUUAAAAACAAAAGAAACAUUGGCAAACAUUCUACAAACAAUUUAUGAAUUUAUGUACAAAAUGCAGAAAUAAAGUGUCAUAAAGUAAAACAUAUGAAUAAUAAAAGUGUUAAACCUG